UUCUACUCUAUGUAAAGUGUAUCGUAUCUCUCCCACAAUCUCAAAGAUAUCUCUCACCACACCAUCCCAAUAAACACCCACACCCAAAAAUCUGACUCUCCACAAAGCAAACUCGCCCACUCACCCAUAGAAGAUAUUGGUGAUCCCAUGUCCAGACCCCAGCUCCGAUCCGUCAAUCACGAUUCUCGCUACACUCAGUAUGCAAGGCAAGUUCAUACAUAUCCCCAGCUGCACAUCCCCGGUUCCCAAAAUCAUCAACGCCAAUAAUAUCAAGCGAUAUCUACAUAUGGCUUACGGCUGACCUCAGCUUCUGCCUUCUAAGUGUUAGGAGGUGAUUGAACCGGGACCGGGUAGAAUGGAUGUAUCAAGAUGUAAGCUCGAGGUAAGCUACGAUAAGACUGAAUUUUUAAUCGGAGAGUUUGUUUGUUGGUUCGUUGAUUUGAUUUUGAUGGGGGGGAUGUCGCUCUUUUGCGGCUGUGGAAUUUCUUUUCCUGCUACUUUCUUUCCUCGCUCUUUGCUUUUCUAUAUUCUUUUUUUCUCAUCGAAGGUUCUUGUCCGAGGGGUUAAAUUUCGUUAUUAUUACCCAUUGCCAUCAGUGUGCCACCAGUGGACGGAGACUUUUUACUUUUCCCCGCAAUCGAUUGAGGGCAUGUUACAUACCUAUAUAUUUCUUGUAUGCAUAUAUCUCGGCAUGGAUCAUUCUGUUUGAAUCUCGCGAUAUAAACUAGUUUGAAUUCUUCAAGAUGCCGCUAUCGAUAUCGAUAUUUUCGCGGUCACCAUGGCUGUUAGUAUUCCUCGGAUUGGGUUUCACGAAUGUGGUACAAGUGCGGGGACAAUUUGGAGCUGUGAGAAUGGAAAAUGAGGGGAAUGUAUUGAGUCCGAGACAUUAUAUGGGAUUGAAUGAGGGGAGGUUGUUUGAGAGAGAUACUGGAGUUUGUGCAAGUGGAUAUCAUUCUUGUCUUGAUAUAGAUGUAGCAAUAUGUUGUCCAAACACCGAAUACUGCAUCAUAUCCCCCUCCAAAGGUCCCGCCUGUUGCGCCAUAGGCAGUAAUUGCGAUUCACCCUGUUCCUCCGCUUCCUUUCUCAGUAACAAAACCAUCACCGUUUCCUCCACCACCACCGUAACAACAACAUGUAUUCCCCGCGCCUGUCCCUCUAUCUCUAACUACCAAUGCGCUAGUUCUCUCGGCGGAGGCUGUUGCAAUUACAACGCGCAAUGCGUUUCCUCAGACGGCUCCAGUGGAUGCGCCGUCACUUUAUUUCCUUCCUCAACCCCCGCUCUCGUCUCUAUAGUCCCAUCUGGUUGCACAACCAACCAGUUCGCCUGCGCUAGUUCCAUGGGUGGCGGAUGUUGCGAUAAUGGAUUUGGCUGUGCGGUUCUCAGCGGUACAAAUUACUGCGCUGCUACUACCGGCACCGGAACCGCUAUUCGUACAGGAAGUAAUGGAAUUCUCGCAACCGGAGUCUCAGACUCCAAUACCACAUCUAGCAAUCACGGUCUCUCCACCGGAGCCAAAGCCGGCAUCGGCGUUGGAGUUGCGCUUCUCGUAUUAGCAUGCAUAGGAGCUUGUAUCUAUUUCUUCACCAUCCAUCGUCGGCGAGCUCUCCAAUCCAAAUCCUCCUCUCAUCCGGAUAUGGAUAUUCCACCCGCUGCCAUGUCUCAGAUUUCCGGCUCUCGCUUCUCGCAUAAAUCGGAAUCGAAAGCGGGAUCGAAAAUUUCGAAAAGACCAGGUGUGUCUCCGCAUGGGAGACAGGGAUCGGAUUAUUUUGGGACGACGGCGCCCAGUGGACCGUUUACGGAGAGCGCGGGGACGAGUCCCGGGUUUGGGAGUCAGAGGGGCGUGCCGGCGACUCCGCAGAGUCCGAAUGAUAUUGCGGCGCCGGUGGAGAUUGGGGAGAAGGAGAAGGGGGAGGAGAAGGAGAAGGAGGGGAAUGGGGGGAGGAGUGGGAAUGCGAGUGUGGCGACGACGCCGGGUGAGGGGUGGGAGUAUGUCAAGGGAGGGAGGUUUCGGGAGGGAAUUGCGGAGUUGGAAUAA